AGUGGAAAUCUAACAAGAGUGUUUGGUCAGGAGCCAUAGCGCCAACAGCUGGAAUACUGUGAAUUGCGAUGGACUGAUAGUCAACAUAAGCAGUCCCCCGUAUAAAUUUGCCAUAUUCUUCACCAGUCUACCCUCAUUAUCACUCUUCAUUCACUCGAAUCUCCGUUUGAAUCCAUGUCGGAUCUUAAGUCAACUUUCUUGAAUGUCUACUCUGUUCUCAAGCAGGAGCUCCUUGAGGACCCGGCUUUCGAAUGGACACCAGAUUCCCGUCAAUGGGUCGAGCGGAUGUUGGACUACAAUGUGCCCGGAGGGAAGCUGAACAGGGGGCUCUCUGUGAUUGACAGCUACAAAUUGUUGAAAGAAGGACAGGAAUUAACCAAAGAAGAAAUCUUUCUUGCAAGUGCUCUUGGUUGGUGUAUUGAAUGGCUUCAAGCCUAUUUUCUUGUCCUUGAUGACAUUAUGGAUAACUCUCAUACACGACGUGAUCAGCCUUGUUGGUUUAGGGUGCCCAAGGUCGGUCUGAUUGCAGUAAAUGAUGGAAUUUUGCUGCACAAUCACAUUCCCAGAAUUCUUAAAAAGCACUUCCGAGGGAAGGCAUACUAUGUAGAUCUUCUAGAUUUGUUUAAUGAGGUGGAAUUUCAAACAGCCUCAGGACAGAUGAUAGAUUUGAUUACAACACUUGAAGGAGAAAAGGAUUUAUCCAAAUACACUUUGUCACUUCACAGGCGGAUUGUUCAGUACAAAACUGCCUAUUACUCAUUUUACCUUCCUGUUGCUUGUGCAUUGCUCAUGGCAGGUGAGAAUCUGGACAAUCAUAUUGAUGUAAAAAACAUUCUUGUCCAGAUGGGAAUCUACUUCCAAGUACAGGAUGAUUAUUUGGAUUGUUUUGGAGAUCCCAAAACAAUUGGUAAGAUAGGAACAGAUAUUGAAGAUUUUAAGUGCUCUUGGUUGGUUGUAAAGGCUUUGGAACAUUGCAAUGAAGAACAAAAGAAACUGCUAUAUGAGCACUAUGGGAAAGCUGACCCAGCAAGUGUAGCAAAGGUGAAGGUUCUGUAUAAUGAGCUGAACCUUCAGGGGAUAUUUUUGGAGUACGAGAAUGAAAGCUAUGAGAAACUAGUAACCUCCAUUGAAGCUCAUCCUAGCAAGUCAGUACAAGCAGUGUUGAAGGCCUUUUUGGCCAAAAUUUACAAGAGACAGAAGUAAAAAAAAAAAAAAAAAAAAAAACGGGGUUUUCCAGAAACAUAGACAAUGAUUGGAUUUUGCUGAAUGAUGCUAUUUUUUUGGAGUUAUGUCUGUAAUUUCCUAAUAGAAGAUGCCUUCUCUGCUUGUAGCACGCAGUUAAAAAUUUCGAUAUUUGAAGGUC